AUGGUGCGCGCGCGCCUGGGCUACGCUAUAAGGGCGGGCGGUAGGGGGCGGUGCCCGGCGUGUGACGUCAGCGCGCUGCACGUACUCUCCCGCUCUGGAGCGCGGAGCGCGGCGCUCGAGGGUGACUUGCUGUUCCUCAGCCCGCCAAGUUUCGGGGAAGUGAGGCUUUACCCGCUCACCGAAUUUUUUCCCACACAUCUUCGUUAA